UCACUAAAAUGUUGUCAUCCUCAACCUCAAGGAUCACUUUCAUUUUUAGGUAUUCUCUUCUCCAAAUCCCUAAUUUUGUUUCCUUCCCUUCCUCUUCAUCCCUUCACUCUCAUUCUGAGCCCCCAUCCCUUCGCCAAGUUGAUGAAGCUGUUGAUUCCUUCACUCGCAUGCUCUCUAUGCGUCGCCCUCCAUCCAUCAUCCAAUUCACCAAGAUUUUGGGAUCUCUUGCCAAGACCAACCAUUUCCCCACCGCCAUUUCCCUUUUUCAGCAAUUGCAAGCCAGAGGAAUCGCUCCCGACUUAUUUACUUUGAACAUCGUAAUUAAUUGUUGUUGCGGCAUGGGUCGUAUGUCACUUGCUUUCUCUGUAUUGGCCAAGAUUUUCAGAAUGGAUUAUCAACCUAAUACGGUAACAUUGACAACAAUCCUGAAAGGUCUCUGUCUCCGUGGUAGUGUUGAAAAAGCAGUGCGCUUUCAUGACAGAGUGCUGGCUCAUGGAUUUCACUUCAACCAAGUCACUUAUGGGACCUUGAUCAAUGGCCUCUGUAAGGCCGGACACACAUCAGCUGCUAUUCAAGUGUUGAGAAAGAUCCCACGGUAUGGCAUUGCUCCUGAUGUCUUCAUGUACAGCGCAAUUAUUGAUAGCCUCUGCAAGGAUACACUUGUAAAUAAGGCAAAAUAUGUAUUCAACACAAUGGCUGAUAAUAGAGUGUUUCCUGAUGUUCGGAGUUACAAUAUCAUGAUUAAUGGCUUUUGCAAAAGUAAAAUGAUCGAUGACACCUUGAAUCUCUUCGAAGAGAUGCGUCGCAAGAACUUGGUUCCUGACACGGUAACUUACAGUACUCUAAUUGAUGGCUUGGGAAAAUCAAGGAGAAUCCUUUGUGCCUUGGAGCUUCUUGAAAAGAUACAUGAUCGAGGUCAACCCGCUAAUAUAGUCACUUACAGUUCUUUGAUGGAUGCUUUGUUCAAUAUCAAACAACAUGACAAGGCACUUAUGUUAUUCAAUCAAAUGAAAGAGAGUGGCAUUGAUCCGAAUAUAUAUACAUACACCAUACUUAUAGAUGGCCUAUGCAAAAGUGGAUGGCUUAAAAAUGCAAAAGAGAUUUUUCAAGAUCUUUCCAUUAAAGGCUAUCACCUAAACACAAGGAUAUACAAUGUUAUGAUAAAGGGGCUCUGCAAAGAGAGCCUACUUGAUGAAGCAUUGGCCUUAAAGUUGGAAAUGGAAGACAAUGGUUGCUCUCCGGAUGCUGUAACUUACGAAAUAACUAUUCGUGCUCUGUUGGAAAAAGGUGAAAAUGAUCAAGCGCUGAAACAUCUUCAUGAAAUGAUUGCUAGAGGCUUAUUGAAAAGACACUAAGGAGGAAUAAAUCAACUCAAAUUAAUAAAUUUUCUGUUGUCAAAAUUUGUACAGAACUUGGUAAAUUUUAUAUCUAUUGGGUUGGAGGAUUUGGGAAA